AUGUCGAGCUUGGGAUAUCCUGAAGGAAGGAUCUUGGACCUUUGGUCAUCUGGACAGUGGAACCUUGAGAAUAUCUAUUCUCCUCUGAAUCAGUCUCUGCAGAGCAACGUUAAUUCUUACAACCCAGAUGUUCAAGCUGGUUCAGAGGUCGGUUGGUGUUGGACUGGUGCAGCCUCAAAGGUUUAUGAUGCUCAUAGUGGUUAUUUGUGGCUCAGUAAGAAGAUGUUUAGUUGGGAGAAUAGGGGAGAUCUCUUAUUAGCUUCAUCCGUUCAAGCUUUUGUACUCAAAUAUGGACGCGAUAAAGAGGAGUUUAUUGAAAAUUUGCUAAUAACUAUGUAUGCAAAAGUUAGUGACCUUGCCUCUGCUAGAAGGAUAUUUGAUUUGAUUAUCAAAAAGAGCAUUUUCUCAUGGACAUCAAUGAUUGCAGGAUAUGCCCAUUCGGAUCACCCAUUGAAGGCAUUGCAUUUGUUUAGAAGGCUUGUACGGACAGAUUUUAGAUCAGAUGGACUAAUCGCUGCCACUGUUUUAUAUUUAGGAUCAAUUAGCGUAGCACAAGAGAUGGAAAAUUAUAUUUCUCUAAAUGGAUUGGAAUUUGAUCUACAAGUCCAAACAUCUCUCAUACACAUGUACUCCAAGUGUGGAAGCAUCAAGAAAGCCAAAGAAGUAUUUGAAAGUGGCAGACAAAGAUUCAACUGUCUGGUCUUCCAUGAUAAAUAUAGUAGCUACAUUGAAGCAAAUAUGAAAGUUGAGUCCACUGCUUCAGAACUGUUGAGAGCUGAUAACUUAAAAUCUAACCUUGAAAAUAACAAGAAUCAGUUCAAUGAUACAGUGGAGACCUUGAAAAGAGCUGCGGCAAAAGUUGGCACAUUUGGAGGAAAUGAAAGAGGAGUUAGAAAAGCAAAUCAAAACUACUAA